AUGCACAGGCGGAUACUAUAUAGCACACUUAAGCAGAGCAGGAGAUUCAAAUCUCAUGUAAUUGGUAUUGACUUGGGUACGACGAAUUCCGCGGUCGCGACAAUUGGAGCCGAUAAUGAACCAUUCAUAUUGGAGAAUGACGAGGGCAAACGAACUACACCAUCGGUUGUUGCUUUUACUGAGCAAAGUAGCAACGGCAAAAGCAACAACAGUACUAGUGUCAGUUCUAAGCCUAUUGGAGAUGUAGCUAAACGGCAGGCAUUGAUUAACCCUCGGAAUACGUUUUUUGCUACAAAACGGCUCAUUGGUCGAAAAUUCGAGGAUCCUGAAGUCCAACGUGAUAUAGGAAAUGUGCCAUACAAGAUUGUUCCCAACAGUCAAGGAGAUGCAGUGGUGGAAACUUCUUGGGGCGAAAAAAUUACACCACUGGAAAUCGGAGGGUUAGUAUUAGAAAAAAUGAGACAUAUUGCAGAGAAGCAGUUGGGAGAAGGCCAAAUUUCGAAAGCGGUGGUGACGGUUCCAGCGUAUUUCAAUGAUAGUCAAAGACAAGCAACUAAAAACUCUGGGAAAUUAGCCGGUUUAGAAGUGCUUCGUGUCAUAAACGAGCCAACUGCAGCCGCAUUGGCUUAUGGAUGCGACAAGUCGAGAAAAGAAGGCAUCAUUGCAGUUUUUGAUUUUGGUGGUGGGACUUUUGAUGUGUCCAUCCUAGAUAUUGAGGAUGGGAUAUUUGAAGUAAGAGCGACAAAUGGUGACACACAUUUAGGUGGUGAAGACUUGGACAUAAUAUUGAUGAGAUACAUUUUGGAGAAGUUUAAGCUGCAACACGGAAUCGACUUGAGUCUGAACCAAGAAGCAGUGCAAAGAAUACGGGAUGCAGCAGAAACUGCAAAGAUUGAAUUGUCUACUAAGGACAAAACGGAAAUCAAGCUCCCUUUUAUUUUUGAAGAUAAACAUAUUGAUUUUGCUAUAACUGAGCCGGAGCUCAACGAGAUGAGCAUGCUGCUCAUCAACAAAGUCAUUGAUCCAGUGAAACGAUGUAUUAAAGAUGCCGGGUUAAAGAUCAAGGAUAUUGACGAGGUUUUGCUUGUGGGGGGUAUGACGAGGAUGCCAUUGGUGAGACAAGUUGUAUCAGAAUUAUUUGGUAAACCACCUAGUACUGCGGUGAAUCCAGAUGAGGCUGUUGCUUUAGGCGCUGCAAUCCAGGGUGCAAUCCUCUCGGGUCAGGUGAAAAACGUAGUGUUGUUGGAUGUGACUCCAUUGUCAUUGGGAAUUGAAACUUAUGGUGGAAUUUUUAGUCCACUCAUUCCAAGAAAUUCUGCAGUUCCUAUCAAAAAGGAGCAAAUGUUUUCGACGGCAGUAGAUGGACAAACUGGAGUGGAAUUGCGCGUUUAUCAAGGUGAACGGACAUUGGUCAAAUACAACAAGGAGAUUGGACAUUUCAAGCUAUCCAACAUACCACCCGGCCCUAAGGGUACUCCUCAAAUUGCGGUGGAGUUUGAGAUUGAUGCUGACGGAAUCAUCAAUGUGAGUGCAACUGACAAAACACCCUAUAGCAAAGAUUCACCUCAUUAUGGUAAGCCAAACACUGUUUCUAUUCAAGUUACCGAAGUUGGAAUGAGCGAGUCUGAAGUGGAAAAGAAGCUCGAAGAGAGUAGACAAAACAAGUUGGAUGACGAAAAGAUGCGUAAAUUAUACGAGCAUGCUUCACGAGCGGAGAUCUUGUGCACUGAUACAGAGAUGGCAUUGGUGCAAUUUGGUGAGCAGAUGGAGAGUGGCGAAGUUGAUGCAAUUAAAGUCGAAAUAUCAAGGGUCAGAGUAAUGAUUGAUGACAUAAGAAGUGGAAAACAGCUUCAUAAUCCACAGGUUCUCAACAAUGAGUUGAACCAGAUGCAAAAGACAUGCAUGGAAGCUAUAAAGAAUCUUGCUGCAAAACAGCAGCAACAAGAAGAGAAGUAG